AGCUCGGGCCACACAGCCUGCCGGCUGCUCUGCAGGGCCUGGAGCAGCCAGCAUGGGCUGGGCGGCCGGCCUGCUGAGAUCCCUCCUCCUCCUCCUGAAUGUUGGAGGAGCUCAGGUGAUGGCAACGGGCAAGUCCACUGGGGCGGAAGCUGACAUCAAAUACGGCCUCAUCGGGACGGCGCUGGGGGUGGCCAUCUCGGCGGGCUUCCUGGCGCUGAAGAUCUGCAUGAUCAGGAAGCACUUGCUUGAUUAUGACUCCGCAGACCUGAGGAGCGCCAACGUGGGAGUCGAUGAUACCAUCGCGCCAAGGAAGAGAGCCCCAAGGUCAAACCUCAACUCCUCCGAAAGAGAGGCACAAGUGAUUGAACUCUAAAUGCGCAGCCACUUCAGGCGGGGCUUGGCAGUCUAGACAGCCGCCCACGGCAGCGUGGGAAUGUCUUGAAUUUGAAUGUCAACCUGGUGAUAGACUUCAAUAUCCGGGCAAAUAAUAGCACGAACAGACUCCAUCGCGCCCGUGUCCUGGAGGAGAGCAUCACUUCUCUUCGGCAAGAAGCCUUAGAGGGAGGCAUGAGCACUGUGUCCAGGAGUGAGGAAGGAUGGAAGCCAGUCAGCCCUCUCUGCCUGCCGUGGUGCCCACGCUGAGCUGCUCAUGCUUCCAUGGUGGCGUUGACUCCACGUCGAUGGGACCUCCCCACAGAACGUGCUCAGGGAAUAAGAACCAAACUCAAGACACAGCCUCUUAAGCACCAGUAUCUUGGCCACCGGAAAGCAGCUUUUUCCAGAAUUGUUGGCCUCACCUUCGCAGCUGCCAGGAGACGCCCCCAGGAACAUCCAGGCGCCCUGAUGCACGGAGACUGUGGGGCAGUCUCUCUUCCUACAGGCGAAACAAUGAUCUUCCAGAGGAGAGAUGGCAGGCUGGGCUGGAGUGGGAGGACAGGUCGCCGGCCACAGGCUGACCGGCCGCCCUGCAGCCUCAUGGUGGGCCAGCAAAGGAUUGCGUGGGAAAGCUGACGCUGUGCCUGGGAGAAUGCUAUUCCAGUGUAUGCGAUUACUGUUACACUCACAGGAUUACUGCCUGGUUAUUGUUUCCGUGUGCAUACCUUGUCAUGGAGAGGCUCAGGAAACAUCUUCUCACUGUUCCCAUCAACAGAAGGCUGGGGCCCAGCCCUGGCCACACGGCUCUGCCCUGUCCACGCGGCUCUGCCUGUGAGGUUGAGCUGUGUUGGUGGGGCUGCAGCGGGAGCCCGCUGUGCCUUGCACUCGGCAGAGACCGGGUGGUUCUGUGGACUGGCGCUCCUCGGAUUGGGCCACUCUGCUCGUGUGUGAUGACAGAUGAGCUACAUCACAACGAAGUGCUGUGUUAUGACAAUCUGCCUGCAUUCCCAGGGCAUCUUUCAUCUGACUUGAUAACAACGUAGCUCAUUAGCAGCCUUUGUUAACUGGUAACCUAGAGCAGUAAUGCGAUAAUCAUAUGCAAUUUUCUGUGUGUAAGAGAAUAAACCAUCGUGCAAGCCCUCUG